CUUGAAGGCCCCUUUCCGGGCUGUCUGACCCGGUCCCAGUGUCGGCUCGUGUUAGCCGCUUGCCCUUUUUUUUUUUUUUUUUUUUUGCAAGAAAGGAAAAUAUCCUCACAGGCUCUUCUUGUUCUCAGGGACGACUUUCCUUCCCGGAAAAGCAUGGCUCUCGGCCGGCAUUUCCUUCCGGCAGCGCUGCGGGCAGCCCGCAGGCCCUUGUAAGGCGCGCGUCGCGGCCCCGCCCCCUUCCUUUCGGCCGGAACCGCCAUCUUCCAGUAAUUCACCAAAAUGACGAACACAAAGGGAAAGAGGAGGGGCACGCGGUACAUGUUCUCCAGGCCGUUCAGAAAACAUGGAGUUGUUCCUUUGGCCACAUACAUGCGAAUCUAUAAAAAAGGUGAUAUUGUAGACAUCAAGGGAAUGGGUACUGUUCAGAAAGGAAUGCCCCACAAAUGUUACCAUGGCAAGACAGGAAGAGUCUAUAAUGUCACCCAGCAUGCUGUUGGCAUUGUUGUUAACAAACAAGUCAAGGGCAAGAUUCUUGCCAAAAGAAUUAAUGUGCGUAUUGAACAUAUUAAGCACUCGAAGAGUCGAGAUAGCUUCCUGAAACGUGUGAAGGAAAAUGACCAGAAAAAGAAGGAAGCCAAGGAGAAAGGCACGUGGGUUCAGCUGAAGCGCCAGCCUGCUCCACCAAGAGAAGCACACUUUGUGAGAACCAACGGAAAGGAGCCCGAGCUUCUGGAACCUAUUCCCUAUGAAUUUAUGGCUUAAUGGGUGUCAAAAAUAAAAGAUCUCUGGAUCAUAAAAA